AUGUCCGAUGGCAAGGGCAUAGGCCAGGUAAUCGUCCUAAGUGGUGGCAGCGGCUAUAAUAAUCUGGUGGGAGCAACGCCAUCAGCCAUAUAUGUUAUGCCAGUGUCGGACAAUGGCGGUUCAUCAUCAGAAAUUAUUCGUGUUAUGGGAGGACCAUCGAUCGGUGAUAUUCGCUCGCGUCUUGCACGUCUGGCAGCCAUCGCCGCAUCGAAAAAUCACCGUGCAUCACAGCUUGGCAACGCCGAAUCACGAGAAGCCAUGUCUGACCUUCUUUCGUACCGCUUACCACUGCAUGGAUCACAUAAGGAAAUUAAGCAAGAAUGGAUGGACAUAUUAGAAGGGAAACAUCGAUUAUGGCGUGGCAUUGAUCCAGAAAAGCGCGAAUGUGUGCGUGGCUUCCUCGUGUAUUUCCAAAGUGAGGUUUUACAUCGAGCUCAUCGCAACUUUAAUUUUCGUGGCGGAAGUAUCGGCAACUUUUUUCUUGCAUCCAUGCAACGCUUUUUCCGUUCCAUCCAAAGCGCCAUCUUUCUAUUUUCAUCCAUAUCAGAAAUUCCUCAUGCCAUGAAGAGUUGUGACGUGCUUCCCGCAAUCAACACGAAUAAAACGACCACAAUCGCAGCCGAAUUAGCAGAUGGAUCUAUUCUUGUUGGUCAAUGCGAAAUAUCACACCCAUCCUAUGAGGUCAUUCGGCGAAGUCGUAUGAGCACACAUACACGACCUCUUCGCCGGCUUUCUGAACUACAGGAUUCUGUGUUUGGUUUCGGACCCCAGGGUACUGAAGAGCAAUUACAACAGCUAAGAAUGCGAUCUCUGGGUAGCAUGAGUGAUGCACGUACAUCAUCGAGUGCACUCAGCCUGGAAGAUUCUGAUGAUAGUGCCGACGAUCAGCUACUUGAUGAUGAGCCUCUUGAAAUGCCGGAGCUUUUUGAAUCAGUCGGGAAUAUAUCUUAUGUACCAAAAGAGGAUGCAAUGCCUCUACCAGCGCCUAUUGAGCGCGUUUUCUAUGUGAAUUCGUAUCGAAAUGAAGUCUUUCCUCUACCAAACCCAUCAUAUCUUGUUGGAUUGCAACGCAGCCGUGUUCUCAUUUAUUCUUGCGGUUCUUUGUGGACCAGUAUUAUACCAUGCCUUAUACUGCGUGGCGUACCUCAUGCUAUUGCUCGUUCACCUUCGCUUAAAUACAAGAUACUGCUCUUAAAUUCGAAGCAUGACCGAGAAACUCAUCGAAUGACUGGUAUUGGCUUUGUUAAUGCUAUUCUUCGCUCUUUGAAAAAAAUCCACGAGAUUGACAUGGCAGGGGAAGAGAAUGCUUUUGCUGUGACAGACAUCAUUACACAUGUUAUCUAUGUUCGUCAGGGUGAUGUUUGGCCAUGCAUAGAUGAGCUUGGCGAGAUCGGGAUUCAAUGCUACGGUGUGGACUGUGCAGAUAUCCGGGAGCCUUUCAUCACGGAAGCUCAACUAAGGCAGGCAUUACAAGAUAUUGCAGGCAAUACCGAUCCAGCUUGA